AUGCCGCCCCUCACGGAAGAACGCACAGCCGCCAUCACCAAAGCCGUCAACGACAAUUUCGAUGCCCAGCUCAAAUACACUCAGAAGCUCGUGCAAUUCGGCGGCCAGCGCGGCGAGGAGGCCUCCGUCCAGGACUUUGUGUUCCAGCAAUAUGCCGACCGCGGCUUCGAUCCAGUCAAGUUCGCCAUGGUGGAGGACGAACUGAAGCAGCACAUUGGCGCGGGCAGGUUUUCGGCUACGCAUUCGAAAGCGCCGGUUGUGGUGGGUGUGCAUAAACCGAAAGGGCAAGCGAAGGGCAAGUCCUUGAUUCUGAAUGGACAUAUUGAUGUGGUGCCGUUGGGCCCGGUGGAUAUGUGGACGCAUGACCCGUAUUCGGGGCGGAUUGAGGGGGAUAGGCUGUAUGGACGUGGGGCGGGGGAUAUGCGUGCUGGGUGUGCGGCGAAUGUGUUUGCGUUGGACGCGUUGAAGAAGUGUGGGCUGCAGCCGGCGAGUGAGGUUAUUUUGCAGAGCGUGGUCGAGGAGGAGAGUACAGGGAACGGGACCCUGAUGGCGCACUUGAAGGGGUAUAGGGCGGAUGCAGCAUUGAUUCCGGAGCCAAUGCAAGGGCAGUUGGUGAGGGCAAAUGUGGGGGUGCUGUGGUUCCAAAUUGAGGUCAGAGGGAAGCCGGUGCAUGUGCGGGCAAUGAGUACGGGAACAAACGCGAUUGAUAGCGCAUGGCGGGUGGUGGGAAAGUUGCGAGAGUUGGAAGAGGAAUGGAAUCAACGGCACGUGAGUGCCAGGUUCUUCGAGGAGGAGAAGCAUCCAUUGAACCUCAACGUUGCGAUCGUGAACGCAGGCGACUGGGCUUCAUCCGUCCCCGCCUGGUGCCGCAUCGACUGCCGCAUCGCCAUUGUUCCCGGCGUCACGGCCAAAGACGCAGCCGCCGAGAUCGAGAAAUGUGUUUUCGACUACGCCAAGUCGGAUGCCUACCUGUCGCAGAACAUGCCAACCAUCACCUGGAACGGCUUCUUCUCGGAAGGCUACGUCCUGGAGCCUGGCUCGGAUGCGGAAAGCGUGCUGCGCAAAGCGCACAAGACGGCGACAGGGGAGGAGUUGACGACACAGACCUCGACGGCGUAUAUCGAUGCGCGGGUGCAUAGUCUGUAUGACAAGGUGCCGGCAAUGGUGUACGGGCCGGUAGCGGGUGAUAUUCAUGGGUUCGACGAAUGGGUUAGCAUUGAGAGUGUGAGGAGUGUUACGGUAGCGAUGGCGCUGUUUAUCGCCGAGUGGUGUGGUGUGGAGGAGGUCUAG